AUGGCUGCGGAACGGGAGGUGAAUGAGCUUAGUGAGGCAGUUAGAGGGCUGUUUGCGAUAGUGAGAGGGGAAAUGGCUUCUAUGAAGGGGGGAUUGGCAGUAGUGAAGGGGGAACUGACAUCAGUGAAGGGAGAGUUGGCAGCAGCAGUGGCAGAUAAGGCGGCGUGGCAGAAUGAGCGAGUGUUGAUGUUGGAAGCAGGGAAAUGGGCUGUGGAGAAUGAGGUGAACGCGUUGAAGCACGCCCUGGACGAUGUGCAAGCGAGGGAGAUAAAUUUGGCUGCAGUGAAAGGAGAGGUGAAUGCAGUGAAAGGAGAGGUGAAUGCAGUGAAAGGAGAGGUGAAUGCAGUGAAAGGAGAGGUGAAUGCAGUGAAAGGAGAGGUGAAUGCAGUGAAGUGGGAGCUGGUUGCACACAAGGAGGCUGUGAUGAAGCAAUGGGAUAUGGCUGAGAGAAGAAUGGAAUUAGGUUUGAGACAGCUAAGAGAGGAGGUUAGAAAGGAAAUGGAUGAGAUGAGAGCAGAGUUGGCGAGGGAGAGGGAGGAGAGGAGGGAGGUGCAGGAGUUGAAUUGGCCACAUGCCAUGGAGGACUUGGUGGCUUGCAAUUAA